AUGCCGCGUGGGACGGAAUUUUCAAGUGAAGAGUGCGGAAAGAUUAUUGAAAUGAGUCUUGCUGGGAUGAAAAGUGGCGAAAUAUCUGCUGCUGGUUAUAGACACCUGAAUACUAUAAUAAACUUUUUAAAAAAUCUCGAAAACUAUGGUGUUAUAAGCGAGACGGCCGCUUACCAACUAUUAACAACCGAACAAAACGAUGGUCCAGAUGGUCAACAUAAAUAUUGGAGAGAUAUUCGUCAUCCACGUCAGAAUUGCAAGAAACGCAACCAUGGUGGUGGUUCACUAAUGGUGUGGGCUGCCUUUAGCUGGAAGGAAAAGUCUAAUAUAUGCUUCGCACUAUCAAAAAUGAAUUCCGAAAUAUACAUAAAUCUGUUGGAUAGCGAACUGAUAAAUUUCGCUGAAAAUAUUCAUGGAGAUAAUUGGACUUUCCAACAGGAUAAUGCUCCAAUACAUGAAGUUGGCAGUAUUAUUGGCAAGAAGGGUGAGAUCGUAAACAGAUUUCGUGAAGAGUCGGGUGCCAAAAUUAAUAUUUCUGAUGGCUCCUGUCCUGAACGUAUUGUAACGGUGUCCGGAACAACCAGUGCGAUCUUUUCAGCAUUUACCCUCAUUACAAAGAAAUUUGAGGAGUGGUGUUCACAAUUUAAUGAUGUAGGCAAAGGUGGAAAAACUCAAAUUCCAAUUCGUUUAAUUGUACCCGCCAGUCAAUGUGGAUCAUUAAUUGGCAAGAGUGGUUCAAAAAUUAAAGAAAUACGCCAGACAACAAACUGUUCUAUACAAGUUGCCAGCGAAAUGUUGCCAAACUCAACAGAGCGUGCCGUCACUUUAAGUGGCACUGCUGAGCAAAUAACCCAAUGUAUCUAUCAGAUCUGUCUUGUUAUGUUGGAGUCUCCACCAAGAGGUGCCACUAUACCAUACAGACCAAAACCGCAAGUAACUGGACCAGUCAUUUUAGCUAAUGGGCAAGCAUAUACCAUCCAAGGCAACUAUGCUGUACCCGCACAAGAGACCUGUCCAGUAUUUCCACUUGCUUUGGCUACCGGUGGUCUUCAUGCUGGUAUAUCAGGUUUGACGGAUCCUUUGUUAAAGGGGGCACAUUUGCCAGGAGCUGUACCAGCACACCAUCACCUUCAGCAAAUACCCGAUGUGGCUAAAAAUCCAUUGGCAAGCUUAGCUGCUUUAGGUUUGGCUGGCAUGACACCAGCUAAUACCGGUGGGCUGAAUCCAACAGUAGCUCUUGCAGCUUUGGCUGGAUCGCAGCUGCGCACCGCCAACACAAAUCGUGCACAGCAACAGCAACACGAGAUGACCGUUUCAAAUGAUUUGAUUGGAUGCAUUAUUGGCAAAGGCGGCACUAAGAUCGCAGAAAUCCGUCAAAUUUCUGGAGCAAUGAUUCGCAUUUCGAACUGUGAAGAACGUGAAGGUGGAAACACCGAUCGUACUAUCACCAUAAGCGGCAAUCCGGAUUCGGUAGCUUUGGCGCAAUACUUAAUCAACAUGAGCGUUGAACUGCAGAAGGCCAAUCUGCAAGAGGCGAAUGGCACAACCAAUAUUACCACUGGAGCGCAAAAUUCCAACAGCACCAACAACAACAGUACCAGCAAUGGCAACAACAUUAAUAGUAAUACAACAGCUUUAGGCAAUAAUAUCAAUAACACAAACAACAUUAACACGAACAACACAAAUUCUAAUGGAAGUAAUUCCACACUGUCAGCAACAUCCAACUCAACAAACAACACAUCCAACAAUAGCAACAAUUCUCUAAACUCUAACAAUACGGCAACGCUGACCAAUCCCUUAGCAGCCGCUGCUAGCUCGCUAGCCACAGCCAUACCAUUGGCGCAAUUGCUAGCGAAACCAGGCGCCAUAAACGCACUCACAUCGCUUAGUGCACUAGGUGGUCUUACCGAUUUACUUGGUGGGCUUGCAUCACUUGGGGGCCCGCCAAUACAAACAACUGGUGUACAUCGCACCAAACCUUUUAUAUCUUCACGCUUUCGUAGCCAUCAUAAUUCAGAUGGAAAUACCGAAAAUGAAAAAUCACGAAAUAAAUUCAAUCCAUAUUAAGUGACCAUGUCUGAAUGAUAUUGUCAAUAAGCCUAAAGUUACGAUGGCAUUGACAAUGGGUCUAAGUAUUUUCAAUAUUAAAUAGUUUUAAAAAUUAUUUUUAAAUUAUAUCUGAGUUUUAAGUUUGUCCAUUAUAUCGAUGAUGUGCUCGCUAGAAAUCUGUGAAAUUUGCAGAAAUCGAUAUAUAUAUAUGGAAGUCCAUAUUUUGGAAAAGGGAUAAAAAGUGAAAUAUCAGUAUUUUCAAAAGAAUUGUAACAUAUUAUUCCUUAAACCAAAUUCUUUAUUUUAUAUUUAAGCAAUUAUUGCCAUAUUUAAGCAGUUUCUCGGUUGCUUGAGUUUUAUCAAAUUUUCAAAUUUGGAUUAAAUUUUUGAUUUAACAAAUAUUGUUUAGGACCAAAAUGUAUUUUUUCGAAUUAUUGCUUCUAAUCAACACAUUAUGAACUUAACGUUCAGAAUAAUUUAUUUUUUAUUGUAAUUGUAAUUUCAUAGAAAUUUAUUAGUUUACCUUAAGCAUAUCAAAGCAAUUUGAAAAUCAUGCUCAUAACAGUAGAGGUAGAUAUAGAUCCGUUCAGGAAUAGACUUUAUGUAUUAGAACUGUAGAUUGAUGAGAAUUCAAAAUCUAUUGCAGAUAUUGUGUAAGCAAUAAUAUUUUUAUAUAAUACUUCAUCACCAAUAUACGAGUAUCUUCUAUUACAGUAUAUCUGAAUAAUGUAAGGUAAUGGUUCCAUGGAACAAUAUUUUUAUUUUGACUCACACACAGUAGACCUUCGAAAUUUGAUUUUUUACUCAAUAAAAGUACACAAUAAAAUUGAUACAAAACUCAUUUGACCGUUUGUCAUAUUAAAAUUUAUAAAUUUGUUUAUUAUUAGUCAACAUAUUGACAUUAUUAUAAGCAUUUUCUUACAAUGGAACUGUAAGUGGUAAAUGAGACUCCCAAGCCCAAGUGGAUAGAAUCACAGAUGUUCACAUCUAAAGCCUAAAGUAUAAAAGUAAAACACAAAACUAUUUAUGUUUAAAAAAAAGAUUAGUAUUUAAUCUUUAUUUCCAAGUUCUGCUAGUAUUCUCUGAUAGUAGUAUUAAAUAUCAAAAAAAUUACUACUUUAAGAUCUAUAAAUCAAUUCUAAAAAUAGUCAAAAAAAAACAACUCAGUUUCGUUAUAACCGAAGUUAGCUUUAGUAGAGAGUUUCUCUAACAUAUAGUCCUUGGUGUUCCUUCCUUCCAUAACAUUAUUUUCGCUUACAUAAAGUAAUUAUAUUUUGAAAGUAAACACUUUAUGUU